UGUAGGAAUACGGGUGGGAAAGCUUUAUUCCACGUGAAAAGUAUUAGCCAUGGCAGCGGUACAACAGGAGCCUGAGAUUACUUUUGCCCAAAGACUAGCAUCAAAUGAUAAAUCUGUGAGGACUAAAGCUUUAAAGAUGCUCAGGAAGUACAUUAAUCUUCGAUCUCAAAAAAUUGAAGGUGGUUUCACGAGUGAAGACUUGCUGAAGAUAUGGAAGGGGCUUUUCUACUGCCUGUGGAUGCAGGACAAGCCUCUUCUGCAGGAGGAAAUUUCCCACAGGAUCUCUGGCCUGAUUCAUAGUUUCCACACCUCUGACAACCAGCUGCUGUAUUUUGCAACAUUUCUCCAGACUGUAAAGAGAGAAUGGAAUGGCAUUGACAGACUUCGCAUGGACAAAUUUUACCAGCUGGUUCGCUUCAUGUUCAGACAAGCUUUCGGGGUUCUCAAGAGGAGGGAAUGGGAGUCCAGUGUGGUAAAUCAGUUUUUAGAGGUCUUCACAGAGCAGAUUUUGCAGAACACUGACCGUGUACCUAAAGGCCUGAUCAUGCAUGUUCUGGACCUCUACAUGAGUGAGUUGGCUCAGGUUGGAUCUGCUGAGCUGACAGCGGACCAGAACCUGACUUUCAUCGACCCCUUUUGCAAAACCAUGGCCAAGACUAAAGAUCACUUGCUGUUGAUCUCCAUCUCUAAGAACAUCUUCAGGACUAUUGUGGAUCAUGCGCCUUAUGCAGUUGAAGACCUGAUGAGGGAGCUGCAUCAUGGAGACGAUUCAGAUUCUGGUCAGGCUUCUGGGGAGGAGGAGGAAGAAAUGGGAGAGGAAAGAGAGCUGAAGAAAAAAGUAAAAGUGAAGACUAAAGUGAAGGUCAACGGCAUGCCUGAGGUAGUGGAAUAUAGCCAGGGAAGAAAAGAUGACCUGGACUUGGACAUCAUGGGCUCUGAAGAGAACGACGGUGUUGGUCCUGUUCUCCAGUUUGACUACGGUGCAAUAGCUGAUCAUCUUUUUGAGUUGGGCAGCCACUUGAAUACACGGAACAUCAACCGCACGAAGAUGUACAGCUUGGUGAAGGCCUUUCGUGAUUUAAGUGAAGGUAUUUUCCCUCAAAAAGAUGAUGAUGAUGAUUACUGCGACAUGAAUGACAUGUCAGAUGAUGAGAGAUUUAACAAGAAGAACAAGAAGAAGAGGAGGAGAAAAAAUGAGAGGCCCGCAACUGGGGAUGAAACUGUCGCUAAGAGGAGCAAAGCUUGUCAGGAUGAACAGAAGCCAAGCUAUUCAGUGCAGGAUGGCUCAUUGAACAAUACCAGAGAAAACCUUAAGAAAAUGGAGAAAAAGGAUGAAGAGAAUAUAGAACCUACUGAUGCAGAAAAAACCCUGGACACAUCAUGUGUUACACUGAAGGCAGAUGGAGUUCCAAGAGAGAAAGAUGCGGGAAAGGAAAGAGUGGUUCCGAAAGAUCAAUCCCAACAUCAUGAUGGCCAACUGAAGACCUCAGAAUUAAAAGAUGAUGUUGAAACAAUGUUUCAGCAAAAUGAAUCAGACUCUCGGAGCCACCUGGAGCCUGGCGUCACUGUCAAGAAGAAGAGGAAAAGUAAAAAGCUGAAGCGAAACUCACACGAUGUAGGGGAAGAAGUAGCAUAUGAAUUUCAGCUCGUUUUAGAUGAAUCUGAUGGAGAAAAUCAGCCUGACGGUUGUGAAGCAGCGAUGAAGCAGAAAAGUUUCAAAGCAUCAUCAGGUGUUCGGAGCACUCAAACUAGCACAGAUAUAAAAGCAUUAAGCCAGAGCUGUGCAGAUCAUAAGCCUGAAAUGGCAUCACUUGUAGAAAGUGCUGUGGAAGCUGGACAGACUGAGUGUGGUGUUUCUCUUGCGCAGGAGAAAACUAAGAAGAAAAACAAGAAAAAAAGGAGGAAUGAGGGAGAAGGGAAAAAGGACACAGAAACCAAUGGACAGAUUGUGGAAAUACCACAAGAGGAGAUUUCUCUUCACGGCCACUUGGAGACUACAGAAGCAGAAGUUGACAAAAUAAAAUCCCAGGGUGGUGAUCCUGGUCAUUCAGAGGCCAGUACUAUGGUGAGAAAGAAGAUGAGGGAAAGCAAAAAACUGUGCUCAAGCUUCCAGGAAUUUGGGGAAGUAGCAGCAGUCCAGGCUCUGCUGAAAGAACACAACUCUGGUGAUGUGAUCAGAAAGCUGUCCACACCUCAGGAAGUGGAGAACACGCACAUAACACAAAGCCAACUGGGGACAAGUACCACCCAAAAAAAGUUGAAAAGAAAGAAACUGAAGUCCAGCUUACAGGAAGUUCAAGUAGCAGUUAAAUCUCCAGCUAUAUUGGAGGACAUUGAUGAACAUAAUGAGGAAAUCAGCAGACAUCCCUGUCCUACAUCUGAGGAAGACAUAACACAGUGUAGACUGAAGGCAAGUAUCACCAAAAAGAAAAGGGGGAAGAGCAAGAAAUUCAUGUGCAGCUCACAGGAAGUAGGGAAAGAAGUAGAUGCCACACCACAAGACAGCUGUGCAGAGGUGGUGGCAACAGAUUUACCAACACUUGCUGUUGAAGUGGCAAGUGCUGAAGCUCAGACAUCAGAAACUCUCAUGGUAAAGACAAAGAAAAGAAAGAUUAAGGCAAGAGAGGAAACUGGGAGCAAACUUCCGGAAGAACUAAAUGUCAAAGAACCUGGGGUGUCUGCAGACCUUGCGCACGUUACUACUCAUGAUAAUGAAGGUAAUGCUGCUGAAUGGUCUCGACCCAAAUUAGAGAAGAAAGCUAAGAAAAGGAAACAGGUUUCUUCAAAAGAAGAAACUAAAAAACAACCAGCAGUAGAAGCUGCUCUGACAAAACCAGUACCACAGAAAAAGGAGAAACUUCAGAAGAAACAAUGUUGGCCUGAAGAAGAAGCAAAAGAAAAACCCAUUCUGAAGAAGACUGUAAAGGAGAAAGCAGGAACAGAAGUACCAGGUACUGUGCCAUCAGAUGACAUCUGCACACAGAGAAGCAAGUCCCUCACCCCAGUGAAAAGUGGGAAAAAGAAGAGGGGGCUACAGUUGGGUGAGGCAGAAACGUCUCAGCGUAAUGGACGUGCAAAGGAAGAGAUGGGUGGAGGGAGAGUUAAAAACAGUGGCAUCGAGGUUUCCAAAUCAGUCACUCCCAAGAAGCUGAAGCUGGAAAAAGCUGCACCACAAUCUGGCUUUGUCUCCUUUCAGGGUCUAAUAAAGCCCCCCACUCCAAUCUACUGUAAAACCCAAACAAAAGGCAGCACACCUCUGGCCUGCGUGAAGCAGAAAUGCCAAACUCCAAAAUCAGAAACUAAGAAAGUGACCUUUGGACUCAGGAACAAUAAAACCACUGAUCCUAGUGGGUUUACCACUUCAAAUGCAUCCUGAUACAGGAUCAAACCCAGUGAUGACUUCUCUGUCUGAAAGAACACAUUCUCAGCCAUAAUUUUGCCAUCCCACACAUCCUUAAGAACAUCCUUAGUACCAAUCCUGGAAUGCACUUGCUCAUAUUGUUCCUGCACUGAUUCACAAUGGAACAGAGAACAAAUUGUCUGUUUAAUGGGAAUGUACUGGGCAAAACACUCUUUACCUGCCUCAUUCUGACCUAGACAGAUCUGAAGUGGUUCAACGUGGUUGAAGUUGUUCUUGAAGACUGAUUUUCUUUUCUGAUCAGUUUUCAGUGGCUGAGUGUUGCAGGUCCUAAAGAGAUCCUCGGUUUUCAUGAUUUCCAUCACAUUGUUUGAGUCAGCUUCAGAAAUUCCAAGUGUAAUCAAUUUCUCUUUUAGUUUGAAAAGCAAAUGAGACUGGCUUAUAUCAUGUAUUUCCUGAAAAUCUUCAAUAAUUGUCUGGAUCACAGAGGAUGGAAGCAAAAACUUGGCUUGCAAUUUCAAGUAAAAAAGGGCAACAUUUUUAAAGAACUGCGAUUUCUGGGUAAAUCUCUAGUUCAUCACCUGUAUCACUGGCAUGAUCAAUCUGCAUAUCAGACUUAUCUUGUUCCCUUUCAUUGGAAACACCAGGAUUCACAAUGGACUCGGACAGAUUUUCCUCAGCACCAUUUUUAUGUUUCCGACUCAUGUGUGAAGUG